AUGCAAAUCCUGAAAUUUGGUUUCUUCGUGCUCCUUUUUGCCAAAAGUUUGGCACUUGAGGAGGAAGAGGAAGAAGAAGGUGACGACGAGGGCACAGUGAAAGAAUACAUCGGUGUCCAUCAGCUGGAGCGCCUGGUGGAGCUGCUGACACCUUUUGAGUGCAAUGAACUCCUUGUUGCUCUCUCACCACCAGAAACAAAGGGGGACACUGUAUCACUUAAAGGGAGUGAGGCUAAGUGCCGGAAGGAACUGAAGACAUGGUUUCAAAGGGAAAGUGCAGACAUCCACUACGAUCGAUUAACUAAAGCCCUGUAUCACAUCGAUAGAGCAGACAUUGCCACUGAGCUUGGAAAGAACAUCAACCAGGAUAAAAUUUUGAACUUGAAACGAUACGUCGAAGGUUAUCAUGAGUUUGUCAUGUCUCUAAACCCCCAAGAAGAAGAAGAACCGGAAACAGAUCAGAAGAAAAGACAGAAAAGAGCAUCUGAUCUGAUGCAGUAUGACCUCGAUCUUAUUGUGGAGCGGCCUCCGGUCCCAGCGUACUCCAAGAGCCCAAUGGAUGUGGCGCUCCCCAGCUUGUAUGGGCUCCUUCUGGGCUUCGGGGGAACCUUACUGAUUGCCAUCUUCGUGUUCUACGCUGUCUUGCGUAUCACAUGUCAGAACCAGCAGAAACGCCGAUCAAAGGUUGCUUACCUCCUUCCUCAUUUAGAGGGAAGUUAUUGA